UCCUUGCUUACUUCCUUCUCCGACCACUUUCAAAAACCCACAUAAUUCUAGUGAGAGAAACUCAAAAUUUUCAUUUCUAGAGAGAGAAACCUAAAUUUUCCAUUUUAGAGAGAGAAGCUGAAUUUUUUCCAAUUCUAGAGAGAGAAGCUGAAGAAUGGGGACUAACUUUCCUGAUGAUUUCAAAUGCCCAAUUUCCUUAGAAAUAAUGUCCGACCCGGUAAUUCUCUCAUCGGGUCACACCUUCGACCGUUCAUCAAUCCAGCGAUGGUUAGACUCCGGCCACCGUACUUGUCCAAUUACCAAACUAUCCCUCCCUGAACACCCUUCUUUAAUCCCAAACCAUGCUCUCCGGAGUCUAAUUUCCAAUUUUAUCCUUCUCUCAUCACCUAAAUUACCCCCGCCGCCGUCAAAGCCACCGCACUCGAAAACCCACCCACUUCAAACCCUAAUCUCAUCUCUCACUUCACCGUCGUCUCCGCUCACUUCCAAGCUCGACUCGCUCACCCAACUCACCAGACUCACAAAAUUAGACCCGUUUCUCCGCCGUGAGUUAACUGAGUCAGGAGCAGUUUCUGCUGCAGUUCUCAACUGUGUUAACUCGUCCGAGUUACCCCUUCAAGAAAAGGCGCUAACUUUACUGCUGAAUCUCUCUCUUGAUGAUGAUAACAAAGUGGGUUUAGUCGCGGAAGGUGUAAUCGGGCGGGUCGUGGCGAUUCUCCGAUCCGGGUCGAAUGAUUCUCGGGCAACUGGGUGUACUAUUAUUACAAGCUUAGCGGUCGUUGAGGUUAAUAAAGCGACAAUUGGAGCUUACCCUAAUGCAAUUGAGGCAUUGGUUUCGAUUUUACGGAGCGGAAAAGGUCGAGAAGUGAAGGAAGCAGCAACGGCAUUGUAUGCAAUAUGUACAUUUGUUGGUAAUAGAAGAAAAACUAUCGAAUGCGGGGCGGUUCCGAUUUUGGUUAGGAUUUGCGGUUCGGGUUUGGAGCGAGCGGUUGAGGUGUUGAGUUUCUUGGUAAAGUGUAAAGAAGGUAGAGAGGAGAUGAUAAGGAUUAAUGGGUGUGCUGAGGUUUUAGUUCAAGUGAUUAAGAAUGGGAGUUCUAGAGGUAUUCCUUGUGGACUUUUUACUUUGAAUUGUUUGUGCUGUUAUAGUGAGAAAAUUUGUGAUGAAGCUAGAAAAAGUGGAGUUUUGGAGAUUUGUUUGAAGUUGGUUGAGGAUGAGAAUGAGAAAAUUAUGAGGAAUGCUUCCAAUUUGGUGCACACAUUGAGUGGUUGUCGGUUGGUGGAAUGAUCGGCUAGGUAGCACGGAGACAGAUACAUGACAUGGACACGGAGAAACGGUGUUCUUUUAAGGUUUUGUAUGUAAAAAAUGAAGUUUUGUAUCUGAAACAUUGAAUGUCUAGAAUGUUUCCGGAACGGAAUACGUUGAUUGAAUGAAGUGUCCGUGCUAUCUAGCUGAUCGGAGGUGAGUAUUGGUGGGUUUAAGAUUAUGUGUUGUUUUAGUUCAUUGAUCAUAUGGGUUCUCUGUUCUUUGUUGGAUAGUUCUGUGUAUAAAUGAAAAUGAAAAUGAAAAUGAAAAAAAAAACUACAUUUUGAAAAACUUUGUACAUUUUAAUAAAUUAGUCUCUGAUCUUCUAUCUUUUA